AUGAAUCUAUUAAAAGAUAGUUAUAACUCAUCAUCAGAGGAAGAAAUCAAUUUGGCCACUGAGGAGUUACCGAUUGUUCCGAAUUCUAUUUUGAACAAAUACCAUAUUGCUCCGAGUACUAAUAUUGAUAAUAAUAAGAUGAAUCGCGGCUCAUCGUCUGCUACAUUAUGGAAUACAUUUAUAUAUCUCGAGUGGAGACCGAGCGUGAAGGAUCGAAGAUAUUUAGACAAAAUAUUGAGGUAUUAUGAUAAUGUUAUGAAUCAGAAUGGUAUCCGUUUAAAAUUGGAUCCAUUAUAUUGGACAGAACUAGGGUCACCCUGUCCUCUGCAUAUUUCAUUAUCACCAAAUAUACGUCUCAGAGAUGUAGCAGAUAGAGACAGGCUAUUUAAGAGAAUGGAACUAGCCAUUGAAAGGAGCAAAUUGACACCAUUUGAAGUCAAAUUCGAUACUGUACCUAAGUGCGUCAGAUCUCUAACAAACCCCAAAUCAUGUUUCCUAACGUUACCAGUCAAUAGAACAACGCGAAUGGGUCCAAUUACAGAACUUUUCAAGAUGAUAGAAGAGAGUGAAAAAGGUUUAAAUUUGGAUAUACCCUUCGAUUUGAAAAUAGCAAUGACACAUAUGUCAAUUAGUCAAAUGAACCCAGAGAAUGGCACCACAUUAGAAAUGUCGACAAUAAACGAAGUCAUACAACGUAACGUUUCUAACUUUGAUAUACCUUCGGUUACUAUAAACUCUAUCAAUAUAGAUAAGAAUAGACAAUCACUCUCAAUAAGGUUUCCUAAUAAUUAA